ACAUGCGCUAAGUAAACAACUAAGAAAUACUGAAAAGCGCCGAACCUAACAUUGUCGAACCAAAUUCAAACAAAUAUAUAUAAUUAAUUAUUUAUGUAAGAAUUUUUAAAUGUUUAAUUAAUUAUAAGUUCGGGUAUUUCUCGGAUAGUUAAUAUCCGAUCUGAAUCGUGCUCCCGUUCUGCCCAAUGUAGCAGGUCAUUGCGACAUAAUAAGGUAUAUGUUGUCAUCUUAACACAGAUUUUCAUGUUUGAAAAAUGAAUAUCAUUAUUAAGCAUUAUUUAAUGAGCGAGAUCUGUAUUAAUAAGUAGGGUAUGAAUCUAGAGCUCAAAGCAUCGAAGUUCUGCUUGUAUAUUUCAGGUAGUGGUAUCUCUACAAUCCGCAGUUUUCUUCUUAUCCUCUAUACUAACAAUGGUAUAGACCGUUCGAGUUUCAUGAAACGCAUACGCCGGAAAGAAUGGAAUGAUGUGAACCUCCACGUCAAUUAAUCUGCGUGCAUGUGUCUCUCUAUUUUUGAACGGUUAAUCAUGAUGAUUUAAUAAAGAAAGUAACAUAUAAAGUUACCUUUUUCGACUUAAAAAUCGUCUCCUGAUGAUUGCAAUGACCUUGAAAUUAAGAGUUGCAACUUUAUUUCAAGAAAAGAAACUUUAUUGUGGAAAAACCGUAGUAUUGAGCUCUCCAUAACUCUCUCUCCCAUUAAACCUUGCGCGUUUAGAGUAUAAUUAAAAGUUUUUGAGUCUUCAGUCCGUCCAGACCGCGUAGCUCAGUUGGUAGAGCAUCAAUCUGGUAAUUUGAAUCAGCUAAUUAAAAAAGGUUGUCCUUUGAAACUUUAAACCUUAAACUCUAAGCGCAAACAGGACAAUGCGAACACACAGUGUUUGCGCCGUGUUCAGUCAGAAAUUUUAAUUGUUCUAAUCCUUUGGCAUUCAGUCAAAAUUUACGAUGGAGAACGUUCCCAUUGCACUUUUCGCGUGAAGAGUUCAGGUUUAAGGUCUAAGCUUUAGAGUUUGCAUGGAAUGACCAGCUUUUUUGAAUUAGCUGUAUAUUUUAAAUACAUAAAAUUAAACAUUAAAUUAUGAUAUUUUUUCUUAUAACAGAAAAUGUGGAAUACGAAAUUGAUUUUAUUCAAGACCAACGGAGGAUUGAUGAUGACGAUGAUAAAUUUGACAGUCAAGGCGUCCUCGAAUCCGACGACUUUGGCGUAGUGGACCCAACUAAACUGGUCCAAGGAUCCGGCGAAUGGCAAGUACAAAACAAGAAACGAGCAAAAAAGAAAAUCACUUUUGAAAUAAGAAAGCAGCUACAAAGUGAAGAUGUGAUGAAUGACGAGGAAGAAAUUGGCAUUCGUGACGUAUGGGAACUACCGGUCACAGAUCGCUGGCGCCUGUACCGUAAAUGGGUCACCGAUAUCAGCCAACAGCAUCAAAACACCAUAGCACUUAUUCAGGAAGAAUACGAUGAAGGAAUGAAAGAGCUACAGGAGUUAUAUAACGCGAAAAAUUACGAGCUUCUUCGAGAAGCGCACGUUAUAGGAAUGACAACGACAGGUAAAUAUCAUCACAAUAUAUUUGUCAUCACCAUCACCAUGGAGAUCAUUACCAUAAUUAUUACAAUCGACAACCUUCUCAACGACAUAUCUAAAAUUAAUUGGCACAAACGAAAACACUGAAGUAAAAAUUCAAAAUCCUUAAUUAAUAUAGUUCACAUUUAUUGUAUUUUUUUCAAUUUUUAAGCUUUGAGCAGCAAAUUAGAACUAAAAAUUCAUAAAUGCAGUGAUUCUAUACUGUGAGUCUAUAUUGUGAGUCUAUACACGAGCAACCUAAAGGUUUUGCUUGCCGCUGUGGAGAUCAUCCGUUGUGGGAAUCGAACGGAAAUCGCACCCACGACCUUUGGCUUGCUAGCCCAAUGCUCUACCAACUGACCUACGAGGUCAAGUUGGUUCGUGUGGGUGAAUUUUAAACACGAACUAAAAUUCAGUUUGAAAUGAGUGCAUGCAAAUUCAUCGGCAUAUUUUAUAUAAAAGGUGUAUAAAAAAAUGCAUAAUUGUAAAAUGUGAGCUUUCAGCUCACCCAAGUUUAUGAAGAAUUUAUGCGAAUAUGGCCAUUUUAUGGUCCAUUUUAUGUUAGACUCGUUUGUUUCUUUUUUAUAUUAGGCGCAGCUAAACAUCGUAACCUUUUACACCGUAUAAAGCCCAAAAUAACAAUUGUUGAAGAAGCUGCCGAAGUUUUGGAAUCCCAUAUCGUGACAGCUUUAACUGAAGGAUGCGAACAUCUAAUUCUCAUCGGAGAUCAUAAGCAGUUGCGACCAAAACCCACAGUAUUUCAACUGGGACUGGAUUAUCAACUUGACAUUUCUCUAUUUGAAAGAAUGGUCGAUAAUGGUAUGUCUCAUAUAUGGAAUUUUUUGCUUUAAAAAUUGGAAACAUCAUAUUUUAUGUAUAGUGAUCAUAUUCCAAAUGAUAUUCACUCCUUUGUAAUUCAGCAAGACAUCGACUUUUUCCUCCAACAAAUUAAUCUGAGGUUAACGAACUCAACAUUACUUUGCACAAAUACAAAAAGUAAUAAAAGUAGCAAUCUGAUUAGUUAACAACAAAAAAACGGGAAUGACUUGGGAUUAAAUCGUUUUACAGAUCCAACUAACUGUUGGUAGCAUCGAUAAGGUAGAAUUUUGCAAUCAUACAAAAUUAAUAUGAUUUCAUUCAAAGAAAAAAGACGUGCGAAUUGAACGCAUUUAUUAUUCUGUACGGCAUUUGAAGUGUGUUUGAGGUUAGAUUAAAACGUCGAAUGAUUCUGCUAACAAAACAACUAACCUAUAUAACAACUUUUAUGAGUACGACAAACGCGAAACAAGUUUACAAUUGAAAUUUUGGCGCAUUUAUAAAAGUUGUUAAAAAGUUAAAUCUGCGAAAUAAAACCUUAACGCAAACUUAUAUUAGUGUUUGUUUUGCAUAUAUAUAAUUUUAAAUGCAUAACUAUUCAGCCCUCGAAUUUUCGGUGGCAAAUGUCUUGUAAAGCAGAAUAAAAACAUGUACGCCAUCAAUUGCUCCAAAUGAUCGCUUUUAUUUCACAGACUUGCAGUUACGAAUUCCUUCUGCGCAAAUUAUUUUUUCCACCCAAAAUCGCGAAUUUCAUUUCCCGCGUGACCAAGACCUGGAUAUAUAUAAGUAUAUUUAUUCAAUGUCAAUUGCGAAUUCUUGCUACGCAAAUGAUUUUUGCCACCCAAAAUCGCGAAUUUCAUUUCCCGCGUGACCAAGACUUGGAUAUAUAUAAGUAUAUUUAUUCAAUGUCAAUUGCAAAGGGAAGUGGUUGCACAAAUUACCGGAGCCUCGUGAUAAACCUGUUGGUAAAUCAAAGCUUAGGGAUCACUUUUUGUUGAGAAUAAAAAUCAGAAACCCCAACAAAAUCUCUCGAAGCACAAAUGAGAACCACAACCAAACCGGCAGUCAUGAUAUAAGAUAGCACUCAACCAACAGUAGCAGACUUAACGGCAAGUGCAUGCGUCUGCCUCUCAAAUUCCCCGUGUUGCGGCUUUGUAACGCUGUGUGACGUACGCUAUUUUUAGAUAACUGUGAAUUUAAAUUUUUGACUUUCUAGAGAUGCCUUUUGCCUGUUUACGAGCUCAACACAGAAUGCGUCCCGAAAUUUCUGUGAUGAUGCGUCCUAUCUACAACAAUUUGAUAGAUCACGAAUCGGUUUUUAACUUUGAAAAAAUAAAAGGAAUCAGCAAGAAUAUAUUCUUUAUAGAUCACCAAGCAAAUGAGGUAAUUAUUUCUCACAAAAUUUUAAAAAUUUGUGAGUUUUCAAUGUAAGGUGAAAUUUAUAGUUUUCAAAUGCCUAAAUACUUUUGGUUUUCAUGACUUGAGAAAUGUAAUAAUCGAAACUCAUGGAGUAUAUUUUGUGUGACCAUUAUGGACCAUUAUUAACUACGUAAAAUGUGAUUGGCAAUUACACCAUGAACCAUCUAUCAGCUAUAUUCGACGAGAGCGAUUGUGUUUUCGCGUAGUUUACUUAGGCUUUUAGUUGGAUAUUUUUUACUUCAGGGGAUAGCGCUUCUCUCAUUUCGCCUUUCCCACGAGGGCCUUUUCCUCGUCUCACGAAAUUUUCGCUGUCCGCGCGCGGCUCAACCCUACCUUUCCCAUGCGUAAUUAGCUCCAGCUAUUCUGACCGAAGCAUUUGGAAUCCAUUAAAAUUCCUCAAUACGACUAUAACUUGCGAAACUCGGACCUUGAGUUCUAUCGCCUGAAACCUAGAAGUUAGAACUGAGUAUUUGAAAAAAGCAUAAGUUAUAGUGGAGCAAAACUCUGAAAUAGCUUAGCGCCCGAUUUAAGAAUUUUUUAUCAUUACAUAUAUUUAACACUUAAUUGCCGAUGCUAAUCUGACCUAAUUGUCUAAUUAACCUAAUUCUCUAAUUAACCUAAUUGUCUAAUUAUAUAAGUAGUUAUGUACUAUUUAAAAAACGAGCAGUCGUGUUUUAUUAGGUUUAAAGCCACGAGCGCGCAGCGCGAGUGGCUUUACACCUAAUAAAACACGACUGCGAGUUUUAGGCUUAAAAAACGUUUGUUAAAAAUCUUUAUAUAAAAAUCUUUAUAUAAAAAUCUUUAUAUAAAAAUCUUUAUAUAAAAAUCUUUAUAUAGUUUGCAUAACAAUGGUCUUUUGUUAAAGUGUUCUUUAGCUGGUAUAAAGACGUAUGCACGUGACUAAUUUCUUACUCAAGAUUGGAUAAUUGCUUCAUGAAUUAUUAAUGAGUUUUUGAAGUACUUGUAAAACAUAAUGUUUAUAGUUAUUUGUAUGCGUCUUCACGCCCCCCUUGAAAAUCAGCCUAUGCUGGAGGGAACAGCGUGGGUACAUAUUGUUUUAAUAACGAAAUAAAACCGCCAGCGACGAAGCUAGCCUACCUAUACUACGUCCAGAGUUAAUACCGCCAACUAUUUUCCCAAAUAGUUUUACUCAUGUACAAUCACAACAAUGGCUCCAUUAAUAAGCAUGAACCCUAUGGAGUUGAGCAAUCAACUUUUAGCCGCGUCACAAGGGUAUUGCAAUUCGAAAACAGAAAGAAAGGAUAUUAUACAGUCUUCCGGAAAGUAUACUUGAGCCUUGUUUUCGCGAUUAAAAUGUCACCAGUAACAAGAUAAAGAACCGAAAAGCAAAAGUUUCAAUUUAUUUCAAUUACGGAAAUCUUGCCACUCCCACUUAACAUAGGCAAAUCCAUCGAACACAACCUUAAACGUCAAGAGCAUCACAAUAUACCUUAUUCGUACUUAAUUUCGCGAUUUUUUCGAGGCAAUAUUUCGCGAGACGUUAUUUUUGCGAUUUGAUAGGCGAAAAUAGAAAAAGGCCAUUAAAUUUCGCAAAACCUUUCUGAACAUCAUACUUUCUAUAAAAAUCUGGACUACAAUUUUGUAAACAAGUCAACAUAAGGUAUAUAUAUAUUGAUCAUUGACAGUGAUUCAGAUGAAGAUGUAGCCGAUGAAAGUUUGAUUUUUUUGCUCUCUUCUGAUUUAUUGGCGGUAACAACACAAGAUGCAAACUGUAUUUUAUUAAUACUAAGACUAUUAUUAAACUAGAAGUUACUAACGCAAGGAAAGUGCUACCUCGCGGCCAAAACUUUGGGUUAGGUUGUUCAAAAUCUGUUUAUAAUCCAUGGAUAAUUCAAAACUAAAUAACACUAUAAAGGAAACAUAACACUAUUAUAAUUUUUAAACAAUGAACAUCGUAUUCUAUUGUAGCAAUCGCGUGCAUAUAUGUUACAACAAUAUUCUAAUUGUCUAAAGUGAAGAAAACAGUUCUCUGUAAUGAAACAGAUCAUUUUCUAAGCACUCCAAACAAUAGUAGCUAAUAAAAUUAAGUAAUUAUGGGUCAUUCCACGGCUUAUUUCUCCGACAAUAUAUGUAUAAUGUGACCCGCAGGGCUACCCCCACACAUUUAGCUAUUAUACGAUUGUCACUAAGGUUAAUUUGAGGAUUUUGCAAUAUUCUUAGACACAAAGUCAAGUGGUCACUUCUAGAGUAACAAUCUGGAUAAUAUACAAGGCUCUACGACACUAUAGUAAACAACACUAUAUAACGUUAUACAAGACUAUAUAACAAUAUAUAAAGGCUAUACGACACUAUACAACAAUAUACAACACUAUAUACAACGUUAUACAAGACUAUGCAACAAUAUAUAAGGUUAUACGACACUAUACAACACUAUACAACGUUAUACAAGAAUAUAAAAAUUAAAAUUAUGACACUAUACAAGAUUAUACGACACUAUACAGAGUUAUACAAGACUAUGCGACACUAUACAAGAGUAUACAACACUAUACGACGCUACACAAUAAUAUACAAGGCUAUACCGCCUAUACAACACUAUACAACGUUCUACAAGACUAUAUAACAUUAAUAUAUAAAGGCUAUAAGACACUGUACAACACUAUACAACAUUAUACAAGACUAUGCAACAAUAUAUAAGGUUAUACGACACUAUACAACGUUAUACAAUCUUGACUAUAAAAAUUAUGACACUAUACAAGAUUAUACAUGACACUAUGCUACACUAUAGAAGACUAUACAACACUACACAAUGUUAUGCAACGUUGUCUAUACGGCACUAUAUAAGGCUAUAUGAUACUAAACAAUGUUAAAUAUUCAAGACUAUGCGACAUUAUACAAGACUAUACAACACUAUACAAUAAUAUUUUAGGGCUAUACGACACUAUACAGCAUUAUACAGCACUAGAUAUACAGCACUAUAUAAGGCUAUGCGACACUAUACAACGCUAUACAACGUUAUACAAGACUAUACAACACUAUAUAAGGCUAUAUGCAACAUUAUACAACAGUAUACAAGACUUUAAAAUAUCAUUAAUAAUUCAUAAACCUUGUAGCAAAUCAUGUCAGCCAUAAUGUCACGUGGAGUGACUUUAUAUCUGAUAAAACACAUGUGGCAUUAUAUAAGUCAUAUUUACAACAUGAGCGGCCGUGUUGUAUCGGAUAUACAAACUCGAGCCAAAGGGGAGAGUUUGUAUAUCCGAUACAACACAGACGCGAAUGUUGUAAAUGACUUAAAAAGCGACUCAUCUUAUGAGUUCAUUGGCGAAGUAAUUUUAAAACUAAACGUUGUCUAAGCCGAGAAAAUCAAAGUUAAAGUUUAUGUAAAUCAACAUGAAUCUGUAUCACAUAUACAGAUACGACACGCUUAUGAUUUUUCUUUGUGUUUUCUUCAUGAAUUAUUAAUGAGUUUUUUAAUUGUUCAUCUUAAGGCCGGCGCACACUAGAGCUAUGUGCUUAGCAAAAUGUCAUUCGUGACUGUUGGCGUAAGGAGAUAGCUCUCGUGUGCGGGCGAUUUACGAACGACUUUUGUCAUUCGUGCCACUUACGCCAAAUAUCUAACAUGUUUGAUAAUUUCUGCCUCGCGUGCCAAAAUCUUUCCGUGUGCGGCGAACGAAAGCUAUCUGCUUACGGAUUGUCGUAACAGCGCAUGCGUAGUAUACGAAAGUAAACAUCCAAGAUGGCGGCGCAAAAUGAAUUGCUGGCCGAGGCAAUUUUAGAGGACAAACUUACUGGCUAUUUCUUUCACCGCACAUUCCCUUUUGUCCCUAUUUCUAAAAUCUGCAGAACUCACAUCGUAUAAACAUUUGUAUUCAGGCCAAAGUUCGACAAGUUUGUCCUCUAAAAUUGCCUCGGCCAGCAAUUCAUUUUGCGCCGCCAUCUUGGAUGUUUACUUUCGUAUACUACGCAUGCGCUGUUACGACAAUCCGUAAGCAGAUAGCUUUCGUUCGCCGCACACGGAAAGAUUUUGGCGCGCGAGGCAGAAAUUAUCAAACAUGUUAGAUAUUUGGCGUAAGUGGCACGAAUGACAAAAGUCGUUCGUAAAUCGCCCGCACACGAGAGCUAUCUCCUUACGCCAACAGUCACGAAUGACAUUUUGCUAAGCACAUAGCUCUAGUGUGCGCCGGCCUUUAAUUAGCAUGAUUAUAUUAUGGUUCAUCCUAAUUAGUGUUCUUUUGUAGUCGUAUUUUAAGCUAUGCAAAACACUCGUUGUCGUGUUUUAUCAGACAUAAAACGCUCGGCUGCUCCUCGCGUUUUAUAUCUGAUAAAACACUCCUACUCAUGUUUCAAAUAGUACAUACAACACUAUAUAAGGAUAUACGGCACCAUAUGACACUAUACAACGUUAUACAAGACUAUACAAUAAUAUAUAAGGCUAUACGACACUAUACAACGUUAUACAAGACUAUAUGACAGUAUGCAAGACUAUACAACACUAUACUACACUAUAGACGACUAUUAUACAAGACUAUACAAGACUAAACAGGACUAUAUACAACAUUUAUGCACAAGACUAUACGACACUAUACAACACUAUAUGUCAUUUCGAUGUUUUCCUUCGUGGUUGAGUUCAUAAUUAGCUUAUAUACCCUGUGCCUGUGAGCAGAGCCUUAAUAUCAUUUUCAAUCAUUUUCACGUUUUUCUUCGUAAAUCAUAACAACAUUUGCCUACAUUGAAAAUGCCUGCAUAAUUCUGUCAUGAUAUUUAUAAAACGGUCAAUAUAAACUUAUUACUAAUAUGUAAACAUUGUCAACACCGUAUACUAAUAAUUGGCUAAAACGUACCUGCAAAAAAUACUUUUCUAACGAAAUUAUUGUCUUUUAUUUGUGAAGAAAUUAUCGUUUUUUAUAUUUUUUAUCAUGGCGGAAAGUACAGAACGAGAGCUUUACGGCGACUUACGAGCAAUUACCCGCCAUCAGAAAUCCAAAUUUCUUCUAUAUUUUGAAUCAAGCUGCAUCGUUGUCAAGAAUCAAAAUCAGUUAUCGAGAAAUUAAAGUCGCGCGAAAUUAAGUACGAAUAAAGUAAUGUCUUAAUUUUUUUGAUCAUUUUACAUUUCUUUUUUAGGAUGCCGUUGAUGAAAAUCAAAGCCGGUCAAAUGUUCACGAAGCCAAAUUUAUCGGUUCGUUGUGUCAAUACCUACUCCAGCAAGGUUAUCCACCUUCUGAAAUCACAGUGCUAACACCUUACAGUGGUCAACUGCUUCAACUGAAAAAGUUUGUGCCAAAUAAAGAAGGUUUAAGAGUUUGCGUGGUUGAUAAUUUCCAAGGUGAAGAAAACGAAAUCAUCCUACUGUCUCUGGUUCGAAGCCAAGAUAUCACGACGAACGAAAAAAGGGAGAUUCGCAGGUUGAUUGGGUUCCUCGCAAUUGAUAACCGUAUUUGCGUGUCUUUGUCGCGAGCAAAGAAAGGUUUCUUCUGCAUUGGGAAUUUAACUUUGAUGAGAGCGGCAAAUGAUCUCUGGUCAGAUAUUCUUGAUGACAUGGAAGAAAGGGGUUGUGUUGGAAACUCCCUAUCACUGGCAUGUCAAAAUCACCCGACAACCAUAACACAUGUCAGUAACGACUCUGAUUUCAAGAAAGUUCCAAAUGGUGGAUGUAGUGUCAAUUGCAAAGCGAGAUUGGACUGUGGUCAUAAAUGCGAGCAGCUGUGUCAUCCAACUGAUCCUAAUCAUGAAGAAUACGACUGCAGGAAGCGUUGUCAAAAAAAAUGCCAGCGUGAUCAUCCGUGUAAACGUCUUUGCUAUCAGGAUUGCAAUAAUUGUAUGGUUGAAGUUUCCAAGGUUGUUCCCCGAUGCAAUCAUCUCCUCGGAAUGCCCUGUCAUCAGGAUCCCUCCACUUUUCAGUGUACAAAGCCGUGUCCAAAGAAGCUCCGUUGUGGACAUGCAUGUCCAAACAAAUGUGGAGAACGUUGUGCACGAAAAUGCGUUGAGGAGGUUCGCAAAACUUGGUCUUCGUGUAAUCAUACAUGCAAAACUCAAUGUCAUAUUGAUCCUACGAAGACUGUGUGCCCGAAAUCUUGUAACAAUUUACUGAAGUGCGAACAUAUUUGUACAGGUAGGUAAUUAAGCAUUGCCUAUGCAGAAAGUAAAAUUAAACCUUUUUAUAUUUGAGAUUUUUUGAAAUCGUAAAAACGCUAAAAUAACAGGAAUCAACGGUAAUUAUAAGAAAAUGCCUAGAAAAAAAUUUAUAAAUUUACCCUCUUUAAAAAGAGAGUAAAUUUCACAUCCAAUUUUUAUCCAAAUUCAACCAAAAUUUUGUCCGUGUAUCGUUGACCUAUGGUCAAUAGCCCCAUAAUUUAUCAUAUUAAGCUUUGAAUUAGUUUUUGACUUUGACAGACAAAACGAGAGGUACAAACUCAAAGCGGACGACAAGACAUUUGAAUACACCAAAAAAUCUGUGCAACGAUUCAGAACAAGCGAUUUUGAAUUACUUUAAUACUCUUUUUUUGCUAAUUUUAGGGACAUGUGGUGGAUGCAAAGAAGGACGGGUUCAUAAACCUUGUUCUUCAAAUUGUGGUCGAGUGCUGUUUUGUGACCACAAAUGCAAAGUGCCUUGCACGAAGAACUGCCCAGCGUGUUCUGAAAAGUGCGAAAACAAGUGCCCACAUAGCCAGUGUCAAUACAACUGUGGACAGCAAUGUAAAAAAUGCAACGAGCCUUGCCAGUGGAGGUGCAAGCAUUUGAAAUGUACCAAGUUGUGUGGUGAGGUUUGUAACCGUCCUCGCUGUAACAAGCCAUGUAUGGAAAUAUUGGAGAAAUGUGGUCACCAGUGUGCUGGUCUGUGUGGCGAACUAUGCCCAAAGAAGUGUCUGAUUUGCGACAAAGAUGAGUUGACCGAAAUUUUCUUUGGCUACGAAGAUGAGGAAGGAGCAAGAUUUUUAGAGCUAGCUGAUUGUGGUCACGUUUUUGAGGUAACAGGGAUGGACGGCUAUAUAGAUACGCAGGAGAAGGAGAUGAAGAAUGGUCAAUCUACAAGCAUAAAGAUGAUCAAAUGCCCAAGAUGCAACAAGGCAAUACGGACAAGUUUAAGAUACGGUUUGUAGUCCAAACGUUCAUAAUGCACUAAGGCGGCUAUUACACUAUGCAACUCGACUAUUUCGAUAAAAUACAAACUAAAUGAUACUCGUAAAUGGAUAACAUUUCAUUCCCUGCUCUUGUAUUAUAUUUUAAGAUUUUUGCGAAAUCAGUGACACUAAAUUAGUAGAAAAUGCCUUUUCUUAAAAAUGGCGGCAUAAAAUAUAAAAAAAUUAUGGAAACCAAUUUAGUUAAUUAUCUCCGCCAUGCUGGAGAUUAUGUUUUCUUAAAGUUCUCAAACCGUCUUACUGUGUAUUCUACAGUUGCGUUUUCUCGAGCCAUUUAAACAAUGAGCACGUGAAUAUUAAAUGAUGCAGUACGAAAUUGCAAAUUGUAGUAAAAAAUUGUUUCGUAACAGAUGGAAGAGUAAUUUUGUAAUUUUAAACCUUUACUAAAUGUGUGUACCGCUUCUUUUAAUUAACCAGGAAACAUCGUCAAAGCAAUCCUUCAUGACUUUGAAGGAGUUAAGAAAACCAUACAUUCCAGAAAUGUUGCGUCUAUCAGCACGUUCCAAGAAAAAGUAAGACAAGAUAUUAAAAGUGCUCAGUUGGCAACUGAGUUUCCCACAGAAACCUCAAACAUCGAAACCAAGUUAGAAAAAUCAAGUUUAACAAACGAAGAAGUAAACGUAAUUGAAAAUCAAGUUCAAUUCCUGAAAUUUAUGGCCAAGAUGAAAGAGUUAAUCAAGCAAGCGGAAUCAGUGAAAUGCCGACCUCCUGCUCACAGAAAUAAUCUUUCGGAACCUGAGGCAAGCACCGAUGAUCGGGAAAUAGAAUUAAUGCAGUGUGAACUGGAAUAUUUGUUGCAAUGGGUGAUGAAGGAUCGGGAGCGAUUCAGUCAACAAGAAUUGGAGGAAUUUAACGAAGAACUCCAUCGUUCAUGGCUGAUGCUCUCAUACCUGGCUUUAAGUUCGGAAAUAAGAAAACAAAAAGUCAGUUUAUCCGAAAAAGAGAACAGGUAUAUGGCAUACGUUAAGGAAAAUCUUGAAACUGGAACUAAACUUAGUAAGUAUGUUGUAUGUCGAAUAGAAAUCGCAUUUAACUACAUUAAUCAACAGAUUUAACCCAUGCAGUAAAGAUGAGGCAAACAACACGCCCAAUAUAAACAACCUCUGUAUGUACACAAUUGCAAGAGAUAAAAUAAUGAAAACUCGCAACGAGUCGUAGACCCAUUGAAUGCAUGCUAUAGAUGAAACAUUAUAUUGAUGUAUUUAUUUAGGUGAGCAGACGAAAGAUAAAUGCACACGGCGUCUUCAGUGCAUUACACGUAACAAAGCACUCGGCGUGAAGUACACAACCGUAACUGAAGGGGAAAAGAAUAUUAUUGUCAAAGCUAUUGGUCUCAGUAAGGGUCAUUGGUUUAAAUGUCCUAAAGGUAAAUUAUGUAAAAGCUAGGUUAGCUAGCCUACUUUUGUGUAUGAAAAACUCACACAAUGUGAAUUGUUGCCCCAUUGGGAAAUUCGCCAAUAAGUGCGUAUAAAAUUUUCUUGUAUUAUUUUUCGUGUUUUGGGUUGUAUUGAAGUGACAUACCAUUUUAGAGACCUUUCAAAAUGGAAUUUUCGAACGAAAAUCUGUAUUCAUUUCAGGCCUUACCAUGCGGGAGCAAUUGCGAUUAGCGCAACCAUGCAUAUAGGCUAUCUGUCAGGAAUUGAACUUGCGGCCCUGCCUUUGCGGUGCAGCGUUCUAGCCAAUUGAACUAUAAAGUCCAGUUGCCGAGCAUUAACCAUAAAUUCAUAUAUAUGUAAUGGGACCCCAGAAGACCCAAUUAUAUAUACACGAUGGCCUACACGUAAGGUUUUAAAAUGCAUACAAAUUUUCGAUUCGAAAAUUCCAUCUUCAUAAAGCACAUCUACUACCAGUUCUAUCGCAUGAGAAGCCGAAUAUGUCACUUUAGAGACCACAUAUUUUAAAAAUUGCCUGUCAGGGCAUGCGGCCAGGUAAUUUAAAUUGCAUUGGGGCAUCCAACACUUUUUGUAGAAUAACAAAACUAUGGUCAGCUAAGACGGAUUAAAUAUGCUUCGACACUCUGUGUGUUCCGUUUUCGAGUCCUCUGACUAGGAGACAUUACUAUAUUUAGCAGGUCAAGCCAAUCUGGUAUUAGGCCCGUUUGGUUGCGUCGAAUGCAAUUAAGGCAAUAGCUAAUGAGAUAAUAAACCUCAUUAAGCUUCAUUAUCCACUGUUUGAAUUGCACUCGACGCGAGCGAAAUUCGACGUAUAAAACGGGCCUUACAUGGCGAACGGACGCGUUCGAGCAAGUUCCCGUCGGCUCGUCCCUAGCCAGCACGUCCCUGAUUGCUGCACGAAAUUAACUAUUAACUAUUGCAGACAAUUAACUAUUCACGCAAACGCAAAGCAUGCAAAAAGCUUUUUUAGAAAAAUGUACCUUUGCCUAAUUUGCAUAUUGCAGCAAUAUGCAAAUUUAAUAGGUAAAGACAUUAAUUUAGCAUACAAAAGGCUGAUUUCUUAGGAAGAAUAAAUAGUUAAAGGAGCUUAAACUAAAACAAAUUGUUUGAAACUUUAUACAGUAAUUAAAAACCCAACAAAUGUUCCAUCCAUUAACUCAAAAUACGAUUAAAUCUUUUAAUUAAAAUUCAUGCGGAAGCCAUUUUUAGUUUGUUGGAAAAGAAACGCUCCCUGGUUUACAAAAUUUGAGUUUGCAUCGAAAGAUGCAUUACAAUUUACAACUUUUACAACUUACCCCAAAUUUGUAACUCUCAAAUCUUUAAAUUAGAUUUUAGAUAAAAUCAUUUGGCACCGCCCAUCCCCCAACUCCAAUGUAAGUUUUUAUUUGAAAAAACGUGAACAACAAGACAACGGAAAGUGACAAAAGUUUAAUGCGGCAAAGUACGAUGUUUGUGAACAAUUUUUUAAUGAAAAUUUAUCGUGGUAAGAUGUAGUUUGCGUUGAUUGCAACGUUAAUUGUUUUGUAAAAAUGGCACAAAAUGACCGGAUUUUUUACACUGACAGAAAUAGAGUGCUGACGAGUUAAUAAUUGCAUUUUCAUUUCAGGGCACAUUUACUGUAUUGGAGAAUGUGGAGGCGCUAGUGAAGAAGGAAAGUGUCCAGAAUGUGGAACAAAAAUUGGUGGGACGCAACAUCGUCUUGUUUCUGACAACAGUUUAGCUCCAGAAAUGGAUGGUGCAAGACAUGCAGCGUGGUCUGAUAGAGCUAAUAAUAUGCUUGGUAUUUGA